GGGAAGGGAGGGAAGCUGCCUCUCAAAGAGAUGAGUGAGCUGUACUUGAAGGAACUGGCAAUUGCCAGUGCUGCUGCAAAGGGCGAGUACGAGGUUGGAGUUCAACCUCCCGUGAUCAAGACGGAGAAGAAGGAUGAUAAACCGAAAGCCGAGGGCGAGAAGAAGGAGGAGAAGAAGGAUGACAAACCCAAGGCAGAGGCCGAGAAGAAGGAAGAAAAGAAAGAAGAGAAGAAGGAGGACAAGCCCAAAGCCGAGGCCGACAAGAAGGAGGAAAAGAAGGAAGACAAGCCUAAGGCUGAGGCCGACAAGAAGGAGGACAAGAAGGAAGACAAGCCCAAGGCUGAGGCAGACAAGAAGGAAGAAAAGAAAGAAGAGAAGAAGGAGGACAAGCCCAAAGCCGAGGCCGACAAGAAGGAGGAGAAAAAGGAAGACAAGCCCAAGGCUGAGGCCGACAAGAAGGAGGAGAAAAAGGAAGACAAGCCCAAGGCUGAGGCCGACAAGAAAGAGGACAAGAAGGAAGACAAGCUCAAGGCUGAGGCAGACAAGAAGGAAGAAAAGAAGGAAGACAAGCCCAAAGCCGAGGCCGAAAAGAAAGAUGACAAAAAGUCAGAUGCUCCAAAGGCUGAGGGCGAGAAAAAGGCAGAAAAGCACGGAGAAGUCCAGUGGACUUGUCCGCCCGCCUGCCCUAAUGCCGAGAAAAACAACAAGCCAAAGGCGGAGGCCGAGAAAAAGGAGGAGAAGAAAGAGGACAAGCCCAAGGCAGAGGGCGAGAAAAAGGAGGACAAGCCCAAGGCGGAGGGCGAGAAAAAGGACGACAAACCAAAGGCCGAGGGCGAGAAGAAGGAG